UGGCUGCUCAUUGGCUACGUAGGACGGAAGCUCGGUUGGUGUUUCUCCAGAAGUUCCCCCUUGGGCGGCGGCGGAGCUGGUAACCUCGGUUAGGAGCAGCACCAGCAGCGGUAACAGUAACUGUUAGAGAUGGCGGCGGCUGCUGCGGCACCUGCAGCAGCCCAGAGGUUUUUCCGGAGCUUCUCUGAUGCUCUGAUCGACGAGGACCCCCAGGCGGCGUUGGAGGAGCUGACUAAGGCUCUGGAGCAGAAACCAGAUGAUGCACAGUAUUACUGUCAAAGAGCUUAUUGUCACAUUCUUCUUGGGAAUUACCGUGACGCUGUUGCUGAUGCAAAGAAAUCUCUUGAACUUAAUCCAAAUAGUUCCAUUGCUCUGCUGAGAAAGGGGAUAUGUGAAUACCAUGAAAAAAACUAUGCUGCUGCUCUAGAAGCUUUUACAGAAGGACAGAAAUUAGAUAGUACAGAUGCUGAUUUCAUUGACUGGAUUAAAAGGUGUCAAGAAGCUCAGAAUGGAUCACAGCCUGAGGUGUCUGCAUCCCAGAGGACUUAUCAGUCAAAAAUCAAGUAUGACUGGUAUCAAACAGAAUCUCAAGUAAUCAUUACACUUAUGAUCAAGAAUGUUCAGAAGAAUGAUGUAAAUGUGGAAUUUUCAGAAAAAGAGUUGUCCGCAUUGGUGAAACUUCCUUCUGGAGAGGAUUAUAAUUUGAAGCUGAGACUUCUUCAUCCUAUAAUACCAGAACAGAGCACAUUUAAAGUACUUUCAACAAAGAUUGAAAUUAAAAUGAAAAAGCCAGAGGCUGUGAGAUGGGAAAAGCUAGAGGGGCAAGGAGAGGUGCCUAACCCCAGACGGUUCAUAACAGAUAUAAAGAACCUGUAUCCAUCAUCAUCUCAUUAUACAAGAAAUUGGGAUAAAUUAGUUGGUGAGAUCAAAGAAGAAGAAAAGAAUGAGAAAUUGGAGGGAGAUGCAGCUUUAAACAAAUUAUUUCAGCAGAUCUAUUCAGAUGGUUCUGAUGAAGUGAAACGUGCCAUGAACAAAUCAUUUAUGGAGUCUGGUGGUACAGUUUUGAGUACCAACUGGUCUGAUGUAGGUAAAAGGAAAGUUGAAAUCAAUCCUCCUGAUGAUAUGGAAUGGAAAAAGUACUAAAUAAAUUAAUUUGCUGUCA